AAGGACUCUGAUAUCGGCUGCUUACGAGUUUUCGGUCUCUGUUUUCACCUUUUGAAGUUGCAGUUACCACACAGAAAAAUGGCGUCCUUCUGCAGAUCAGCUCUAAUGGCGGGCUCUCGCUCCAUCGCAGCUCGCUCCAAAGUCGUCUCCCCAAAAUCCCUAAAUUCCAUACCAAUUUCCUCUCCAUUUUCCUCGGACUCCGGAGCCAUUCCUCGAGCUUCACGGAUAAUUUCCGCUUUGGGAAGCGUCGAGUCGUUGAUGCCGCUUCACAGCGCGAUCGCUUCCGCUCGGCUCAAAUCCAACAUUGCCGUUGAUUCCACCUGCUGGAGCUGCCUUUCUCAAGGGAAACCUUUAUGGUUGGUUGUCAAGGACUCGCAAUAUCCAUCCGGAUUAGUAUGCUUUGUGUAGUGUAAGCAUGGUCAAACGUUAUGCUUAGUGUAAGCAUGGUCAAACGUUAUGCUUUGCAUGCCUAAGCAAUGUGUUUUUCACAGUAUGAACAAUAAUUAGCCUUGUCAUUUGCCUACUAUAGGGAGUUCAUCUUAUAGAAAGAUAAUUGAGGAGUAUUUUAACAACAUCAUUGAUGGCAUAUUUAAUUGUGAGAAUUCGACAAUAGUGAAUGUUUAUGUACUCGUCUGACAUGAGUCUAAACAUGUCAAAUUGUCCGGAUUGUUCU